AUGCUUGUAUUCAAAGAUGAUAAUGAAAAGAAGGUAUUUAAUGAUAUCAAGACCCAAUUACCGGAUAUAAUUAAAACAAAAUGUCAAAAUUACGAUGAAUUUUACGGACAUAAACUGAUCCGUGGUGGUAAUGGAUCAGAAUAUUAUAACGAAGAUAUUGCCAACAAGUUAAUUCACAAAUUAUGUAAAGCAUAUCAGUUCAAUGAAACCGAAAUUAGACAAAAAAUUAUCAAGAUUUUGAAUUGGAGGAAAGAUUUCAAUCCAUUGAGUGCAGGUUUUUUGGAGCAACAUGGUGAAGAAUUUGAAAAAAUUGGUAUUUUGACAAAGAAUGAAGCCAAUGAAGCCAAUAAGAAAACUAUUACAUGGAAUCUGUAUGGGCAGAUUAAGGACAAGUCCAAGAUAUUUGGUAAUGGAAAAGCAGAGAAAUUUAUUCGUUAUAGGAUUGGUCUGAUGGAAAGAGGUAUAAACUUAUUAGAUUUUGAUAACGAUGACGAUGAUAAUUGUUAUAUGACACAGAUCCAUGAUUACAAGGGGGUUUCGUUGAUAUUUGGUAUGAAUUCAGAAAUGAAAAGUUCUAUAAAAGAGAUUGUAAGUAUAUUCCAAGAAUAUUAUCCAGAGUCCUUAUAUGCUAAAUAUUUUGUCAAUGUACCAAACAUAUUAGGAUGGAUAUAUGAUAUUAUAAUCAAAUUUAUUGAUAAGAAAACUAGUGAAAAGUUCGUUGUUUUAAGUAAUGGUAAUAAAUUGGGGAAUUAUAUUAAGAAUUGUCCUCAAAAGGACUAUGGUGGCACUGAUAAAAAGACAUUAAAAGAGCAAGCCUUACAAAAAGUGAGACCUACAGACUAUGGCUUAUUUUUAUUACAACAACAAUCAACCCAAGAAAUAGAUUAA